UUUUCUGACCUGCAAGCCAGCAAGUUCCCAAAUCAUCGCACAGACUUCUUAUUAAUUAUCAAAGCAUGCUGAUAACUUCUAGCUAGCUCUUAUAACUUAAAUUAACCUGUUUUUAUUCAUUUAGUUUCUACCUUGUGGCCUUAUUGACUCAUCUCCCUGCACAGUGCUCAUACUGCUCACUCUGUGUCUCAUGAUAUCUCUACCUUCUUCCCAGCAUUUUCUGUCCUGAAAAUCCUGCCUAGCUAUUAUUGGCCAUUGAUCUUUCUAUUAAACUAAUCACAGUGCCAUAUCUGUACACAAUUUAUUCAAAUAACCUGCAACAUGCACUCUUAGCUACUGUGGAAACUGAGAAAAGUAGGAGAAUCCUAAAUUCAAAGCCAGGUAUAAAAGUAGCAUCUACUGAUUUUUAUUGUGUGAAAAUACUUAAAAUGUGAGCUGAUGAGAUGGUUCAGCAGGUAAAGAUGUUUGCUGCCAAGCUUAAGGACCUGGGUACUAUCCAUAGUACUGAACCAAAGGAGACAGACUCUGGCCGAGUUGUCCUCACCUGCACACACGCGCCAUCCUUCUCCCCACAAACAAAUACAUGAAAAAAUUUAAAAUACAUUAGUGGUACAAUUUCUUUGGUCUAUAUAUAUAUAUAUAGUUCCUGCUGUUUUGAUCUGAAAACUAGUGUUCAGAACAUUUCCUUUAUUCAAGUAGAAUAGGAACUGAUAAAGAUGAAGAAUUAGAAGCCCAAACGUGGUAGAGCCUAAAAGUAGCAUAUCUUUAUCAUAUAGAAAAAUUCUAUAUGGAAACUAUAUCCUGUUCCUAGAGUACUUUUACUUCCUUGAUCUUUGCCACUUGUAAGAAGUGUUUUGAUUUUGUUAUAAUUGUGAAGUGUUUACUUUUUAAAUGUUUGUUGAACUGAGCUCUGAAAGCCUGAAAUUUCCAAAGCAUCUAAGCAUCCCCCCUCAGAUUUAGGUUUCUUUCUACUGAACUUGCAGAGGCCAGGGUGCAAGUUUUGGGGGAUUCAGCUGAAGGUCCCCAGUUCUUGAGUAGCUUUGUCCUUUAGCACUUCCUAUUCACAGAUGGAAACCGAAGUGCAAAUUAAUUGUUAAUGAGGAGGAAGCAGACACCUGUAUGCUUUAUCAUUUAAAAACGACACUGGAGAUGUGAAUAUGAAUAUAUAAAUGCUUGCUUUUUAAAAAAGAGUUAAUAGCAAAGCAGUGUUAUAAAGUCAGAAGUGAACCCCACAAUGAAUCACUGCAGCUGGCAGUCACUUCUUAGUGCCGAGUGUUUACCUGCCGGGAAGUGUUGUGGAAUGAGUGAUUGUUUUUUUUUAAAAGCCACUGUUAAAUAAGUUGGACAGCCUCAGAGCCAUUUUCUACCUUUCAUUUAUAAUACUCAUUAAUACACCAGGCAAUAAUCUGUGUCAUUGGGACAUGGGAUAUUUAGUUAUCUUCAUUGUAGAAUUUUAACUGAAAGGAAAUACUCCCUGUGGAAAAAAAUCUCUCAGGAGGGCAAUUAUAACGCACGUUAAUCCUACCAAGAUCCUAACCUCAUGAUCUUCAGUUCUGGGGUGCAUUCUAUACCUUGAAAGUUAAACUAAAAAUACUUGAAGACAAAUUUUAAGAGACAAUGAAAUGAGAAUGUGAACCAGUGUCUGUAAGGUACAAAUUAGAAAUUAAAUCCUUUAUCAAAUGUAAAUGACAAAUCCUUUGCUGUCUUAUAAUUAGUUUCUUGUCCUUUGGGGACAUUAAUAAAUAGUAGUUAAAAAAUACAAAAACCACUUAUGCACAUAGAAAAGCCUGUGUGGUCUUUCGGGUCUUGGCUCCAAGAUGACCAAAAAAAGACGAAACAACGGGCGCGCCAAAAAGGGCCGCGGCCACCUGCAGCCCAUUCGCUGCACGAACUGUGCCCGGUGCGUGCCCAAGGACAAGGCCAUUAAGAAGUUCGUCAUUCGGAACAUAGUGGAGGCCGCUGCUGUCAGGGACAUAUCCGAAGCGAGUGUCUUCGAGGCUUAUGUGCUUCCCAAGCUCUAUGUCAAGCUGCAUUACUGUGUGAGCUGUGCCAGUCACAGCAAAGUAGUCAGGAAUCGAUCUCGUGAAGCCCGGAAGGACCGGACACCCCCACCACGGUUUAGACCCACUGGUGCUGCACCACGACCUCCACCAAAGCCCAUGUAAAGAGAUGGCUUCGUGAAGACAAACACCUUGGAAAAAUAACAUUACUUUAUGUAAAAAAAGAAAAAAAAAAAAAAAGAAAAGCCUGUGUGAAUAAUGUACCCAUUUAAUUUGUACUCCAGAGAGGUUUUCCUCUUAUUUGUAAACUGAAAAGUUUAUAUCAACUGGUAGCUCUGUGUUCUUAAUAUGUAAAAGGAGGAGGGAGGUUUAUAUCAUUACUAUAAUAAUUUUUACAUUACCUUAUAUGUAUCAAUUUAUGUAUUUAUACCAUGUGCAUACCUGGUUCCUGCAGAGAUCAGAAGAGGAAGUAAGAUCCCUGAAGCUAGAGUUCUGGAUAGUGAGCCACCAUGUGAGCCACCAGGUGGCUCACCUGGGUCAUCUUAAAGAACAAGUACUCUUUAACUGCUGAGCUGUUUUCUAGCCUUCUGUGUAAUACUCUUUGGUAGAGUUCAUUGUCCAUAAUGUACCUUGAUUUCCAAAGGGCAGUUUAAUAAAAAUAGUUAAUAGUACUAUUUGAAUCUCUUGUGUUAAUCCUGUUUUAGUUUGUCACAACAAUGAACGUGAGCCUAUGAUGACUGAAUUAUAUUAAUACGAAGUCUUAUAUAUGAAAAGUUCUAUUCUGUCAAGACUGGCAUAUGGUCAAUUUCCAGUUCCUUCAACAAUUUGACUAAUACUGAUAGUAAUUGUGAUAUAGAGUGUAAGUAACUCGGAUCUUCCUUUGAAAUUUUUCUGUACUCUGAGUAGAUAGGGAGUCCUUAGGCAUUAUUGCUAGUAGGUAUAAUUGGUUAAAGGUAUCAAGGCUUCUAGUUCUUUUGAUUUUUGAAAAUUGUGUAAUUUUGAAAUCUUUGGAUCACAGAGUUGAGGCCUCAGGUCCCUGUGUGAGUUCUCAUGUAAUAAUAGCUUAUUAUAUUUCUGCUUACACAUCUCCACUGAUAGAGAAAUAUCCAAGGUGAACUCACUUUACCUUUUGGACAGGCUUGAUAGUUCUUAAGUCCUAAUACUGAGUACCCCAAACUGCCUGCUACAGACAUGUGCUAAUUAAGUUUAGUCUUAAGGUCUGAAAUCACUGUACAAAAUUAUGUAUGAUGCCAUUCUCUCAGACUCCAAAGAGAUACAUAUACAACACAUUUCCUUCAAACCUCUGAACCCAGGUGCUUCCCAUUAUUUACCAGUGAUCUGAUCAGGAGGAGUUCUUCCUCAUCUGACAUCUCCAGCACUGGGUAUAGUGAGCUUUUGUUUCUUCUUGCUGGACAGUGUAUCUUUGCUAAAUCCAGCUCAUUUGGAAGUACAAAGCUGAUUCUUGUUAUUUGACAUGUACCUUCUGUUAUGGUAGGCCAACCCAUCCUCUUCUUUUGGAUGCUUAUUCAUCCCACUUGGCACUACUAAGCUUAGAUUGUAUGUGUUACUUUUCAGUGUUACAGAGAUAAAAUAUCAAUGUUUACUUAUAAAUCAGUAGAUUUGUUUAUAUUCUGCCUACACCACAGUUGAAGAUUUCUAAUUCAGAUGAAAUGUCUGUUAGUCUACUUUGAAUUUUCAUUCUGGAACUUCAACAGAGAAACCUAGAGUUUUCCUGUUAACAGCAUUUAUCAUCUUCACUGCUGGCGUAUCAUGUACCAUGCUCAGUUUUGUAAAAUUAACACACAUAACAAAGAACUUAAUAAUUGUAAUUGAGUGGUUGCUUUGGAUGGAUGGAGGGUAAUGGGAGUGGAGU